UUUCAUUUAAUCGGAUCAGUAGUAUUAAGUGAAAAAAACAAACUCAAUAUGUGGUCAUAUAUCAUACUUGCUAUCAGUACAUAUGUACUUAGCACUGUAACAGCUCAGCAACAACCCCCACAAGAACAGUCACAGUGUAAAACAAACUUCAAAAAUGGUUUCUUCACGUGUAUUUCAAAUUUUAGCUUGGAUCCCAAUGAGUUCAUUUCUUUAAUCAAUAACCAAACUAGAGCAGGUACUCCAAUAGGAACAGAUGCAGUUAAAGACAAGGCCUGUCCGAUCGAAAAAGAAUUCUUCCAGUGUGGGUCUGAAUUUAUGACUAAAUUACAGAAGUCGGGAGUUUGUGAUGCCAACAGUCAGGCUGGAGGUACACCAGGAGAAGAAUAUAAAGCUGUUUUAAUGCAAUUCUUGUCGUUAAUGGGACAGUUUGAUUUUAUUUGUGCUCAUCCUUGUAGAAAAGAUGUCUUAGUGAAUUUGAGAAAAUGUUACACAACAGCCGAGCUUGACCCAAAUCUGUUUUUAUCUAAUGCUACUGCUGGACGAGGUGCUGUUAUUGGUACAAAGAAAGAAGACGUUGACCAAUAUUGUUUACAUAAAGACCAACUGUUGAGUUGUAUGAAAGAUGAAAGAGACACUUGUCCUGAUGCUCCAGAACUCCUCCGUGGUAUUAAUCUAGAUAUUGAAGCUAUGGAGAAAGGUGUUGGUAUUUUAUGUAAACAUCCCAAAGUGUAUUUGUCCGGUCUGCAAUGUUUUGCCAACACAACAAAAGGUGUGGAGGAUUGUGCUGAAGAUCAAAGAGUUGAAAUGGUCAAUUUAAUGUACAAAGCUGCUAACACCAGUAUGGAAGAAGCCGAAUAUUACAAAGAAUUUUGCAGAAUCCGCGCCAAACAUGUCGGAUGCGAUCUGAAUCAAUGGAGACAAAAAGUACACCCAAUGUGUAACAAAGGAGUUAUUGGAUUACGUACAGAAAUGGAAUGUGGAUUAUUACCAGAAGAAUGCAAGAAAUUAGAGAAGGCUAAUUUAGACAGGUUUCAUAUUAACAUUAUACACUUGAUUCGUUUAGUUCGUAAAUCCUCUGAGUGGGCAGCAAUAGUACAGUCAUCAGCAUACUGGAGGGCUGAACGAGUGACUUUAGUCUUUGCCUUCAGCCGUAUACCUCCAUCUUUCCUGUAUAUGACAAGUGAUUUCAUCGGAUUAGGAGUAUUACAAGAAAAAAUCAAAAUGUGGUCAUAUUAUAUACUCGCCAUCUGUUUAUAUAUCCUGGGCACCAUUACAGCUCAACAACAACCUAAUCAACCCGACACGCCACAACAACAAUCACAAUGUCGAACAAAUUUCAAAAAUGGAUUCUUCGAAUGUAUAACUAAGUAUAAACUGGAUCCCAAUGAGUUCAUGUCUUUAAUCAACAACGAAACUAGAGCAGGUACUCCAAUAGGAACAGAUGCAGCGAAAGACAAAGCCUGUCCGAUCGAGAAAGAAUUCUUCCAGUGUGGAACUGACUUUAUGACUAAAUUACAGAAGUCAGGAGUUUGUGAUGCCAACAGUCAGGCUGGAGGUACACCAGGAGAAGAAUAUAAAGCUGUUUUAAUGCAAUUCUUGUCCUUGAUGGGGCAGUUUGAUUUUAUUUGUGCUCAUCCUUGUCGAAAAGAUGUAUUAGCGAAUUUGAAAAAAUGCUAUGAAACAGCCGAUCUUGAUCCCGAUCGGUUUUUAUCAAAUGAAACUGCUGGACGAGGUGCUGUUAUUGGUGCAAAGAAGGAAGACGUUGACCAAUAUUGUAUACAUAAAGACGAGCUGUUGAAAUGUAUGAAAAAUGAAAGAGAUACUUGUCCUGAUGCCCCAGAACUUCUCCGUGGUAUUAAUCUAGAUAUUGAAGCUAUGGAGAAAGGNUGUUGGUAUUUUAUGUCAACAUCAAGAAAGGUAGAUGUGCGAAUGGAAGAGGUACGACGUCCCGUGCGAUGUACGGUGUUAUGUCGAUAUAGUAUACAUCAUAUUUUUAGCUCCAUGGUCUAA